UUCAUAUGAAAUCGCAGCUCACUCGUAUAUUCACUCGAAAAACCCUAAACCCGAACCCCAUUAUCUCGGCUUUCUCAAUUCCAUCUGCAGUGAUGUCGUCUUCGUCGCCGUCAACAGCCUCCGUCAAAUUGGUGGCGGAGUACGCCAAGUCCGGUCGGUCCUCGUGCAAGAAAUGCUCGAAAUCCAUCGCUGCCAGCGCGCUGCGGUUUGGUUUGGUGACCAAAGAUCCCCGGGGAUUCGACAUGACCAAAUGGCAUCACCUGAAUUGCGUUCCGUUCGGCGCUUCUGGUUUCGCCUCCUCCGUCGAUGCAAUCACCGGAUUCUCCUCUCUCAAGGGCAGUGAUCAGGAGGCUGUGAAGAAAUUAGUAAUUGAAGGGGCACAGGCUGUUGAGGUCAGUAAAGUUGAUGAGGAUGAUGAUGAACCAGAUCAAGGAAAGUCGAAGAAGCCAAAGUUGCUGGAAGGGACAAAGCUCCAGCUGGAAAUAGCCGUAUCAGCUUCUGAUUUCAAAGAGAAGUAUAAGGAUGCUACAUUGUUGCCUAAAUGGAAGGCAUUUCAGACAGUCAUAUUUCUUGAAAGGGAUGAUGGUCUUCAUGAUUCAAGUAAAAUUGCAGCCUUUGAUUUUGAUGGUUGUCUUGCAAAGACAUCUGUGAAAAGAGUAGGUGCAGAUGCAUGGUCCCUCAUGUAUCCUUCAAUACCGGAGAAGCUCCAGAAUCUGUAUAAUGAUGGCUACAAGCUGGUCAUAUUUACCAAUGAAUCUAAUAUUGAGCGUUGGAAGAACAAGAGACAGGCUGCUGUAGAUUCAAAAAUUGGAAGACUUAAUAGUUUCAUUGAGCUUGUGAAGGUCCCCAUUCAGGUUUUCAUAGCUUGUGGAGUGAGUAGUGGUCAGCCUGAGGAUCCCUUUCGGAAACCAAAACCUGGGAUGUGGAAGAUUAUGGAGAAAGAGUUCAAUUCUAAUCUCCCGAUUGACAUGGAACAGUCCUUUUAUGUCGGUGAUGCGGCUGGAAGAGCAGGAGAUCACAGUGAUGCUGACAAAAAAUUUGCACAGGCUGUUGGUCUAAAAUUUUAUGUUCCUGAAGAUUACUUCGUCACAGAUUAGUAUUUGGGUUCGAAUACGCAACUUUGUUAGGGAUGAAUAGGUUUGGGUGUCUGCCUGGAGACGGAAGAGGAACGAAGCAGUGAUUGGCGGAGUGGAUGCGUAGAAGUUAUCAGUUUUUGAAGUAAUAUUGAUGCUUGGUCAUUCAAUUGUCUAGUUGUUUAGAUACCCAGCUUUAUUUAAACUGAUUUAGGACUAGUAGAUUAUUCUGUUAUUGUGAAUUAGAUGAAUACAGUGGACCCAUUUUAUUUUAA